UGAUGGAAUGGGUUUCCAUUCAUUUAUUAAUGUUCAUAAUGAUCAUAGUUUUUACAUGGCACGUGAUUUGUUCAGUUUGGAUUAUUAUUUUGACAAUUUGUGUUGUUGAGCGAAUCGAGCGAUUAUAGGCUUACGUCGUAUACGGAACACAAAUAUAAUGCAAAAUAUACUGUAUAUGUAUAUAUUACUGCAAAAUAUAAUGCAAUAUAUUACAUAAUACAUUUGCAUAUAGGCCUAUGGGAAACUAUUUUAGAGGUGGGGGGAAGUCGUGUGUCACUAUCCGUUCAAGUCACUUUCGUCGGAGUAAGAUGGCGCUCUACUUUCUCUUAAUUAUUUAGCCUACACAAAAAUACAGCAUUUAUAAAUCUAGAAAAUGAAGAACAGAAUGUGUGUCAGAGAAAGAGAGCAAAAGUUUCCACUCACAGAGAAGAUGCGGAGGAACAGCAUAGAAAUACCUCCUGAAAUGUCAGAUGUGAAUAUUAUGCUGUUGGGCUCGACUGGAUCAGGAAAGAGUGCGACAGGAAACACCAUCAUUGGAGUUAAAGGAACAUUUGAAGAAGAUUUUUCUCCUGAGUCUGUAACCAGAACCUGUAAAUCAGAACAAACACAAGUGGAUGGACAAACAAUCACAGUGAUCGACACUGUAGGACUCUCUGAUACAUCAGUGAAGAUCACAGAUGCUCAAACUGAAAUAGAGAAGAUAUUACAGAGUACAAAUAAUGGUAUUGAUGUGUUUCUGCUGGUGAUCAAACUGAGUGAGACAUUCACUGUGGAGAUCAGUAAAGUUGUGAAAUGGAUUCAGGAUAAUUUUGGAGCAGAGGUCUUAAAACACACAAUAGUGCUCUUUACUCAUGCAGAUCAGUUACAUGUGCCAGUGGAAGAAUAUCUGAGUAAAUCUGAAACACUGCAGUCAAUAGUUGAUCAGUGUUCAGGAGGUUUUCAUGAUUUUAAGAACAAUGAUGAAGAUCGAUCUCAGGUCACUGAGCUUCUGGACAAGAUAAAGAAACUGAGGGAGAAGAAUGGAUACAGGAGAUACACUGAGCAGGACUAUAAGGAGACUCAUAAUAAAAUACUACACAGAAAUUAUUGUACUGGAGCAGCAGUAGGAGGAAUAGGAGGAGCAGCAGCAGCAGCAGCAGCAAUAGUAGGAGCAGCAGGAGGAGGAGCAGCUUCAGGAGGUGCAGUAGGAGUAGGGGCAGCAGCUUCUACAAUAGGAGCAGCUGCAUUUACUGCAGGACAAGCAGCAUUAAUAGGAGCAGCAGCAUUAUUAGGAGCAGCAGGAGGUGCAGUUCUGGCAGCAGUAGCAGCGGGUGCUGGAAAGUAUUUGUUUGCAAGAAAAUAUAACUCUAGAGAAAAAGAUAAAAGUAAAUGAAGACCCUAUAAGUAUCAUUACAUAACAUGUAUAUAAUAUGAGUAGAACAAACUUGUUUGCAAGGAAUGCUUCAAAAAUAAUAAUUUUUAAAAAAAAUUAGAUUAUAUUAUUCUGUCCUGAUGUAAUGGUAAUACAUUAAUUAUUAUUAUUAUUAUUAUUAUUAUUAUUAUUAUUAUUAUUAUUUUUAAAUUGUUGUAAUGUUGUAUUCUUAUUUACAUUUCCCCAUCCCUUUUUACUGUUUUGCAUCAACUUGCUGUGUGUGUGUGGCUCUCCUGUUGUACUUUGUAUUGAAGUGUCGAAAGCUUACCUUACCUUAUGUUUAUUUUCUUAUGAUUCAUGUAAUUUUUGAAAGUUAUGUUCCUUAUUUUCAAAUUCUUGUCAUGUCUCAUAUAUAAUAUCUGCAUAUAAUCAGUGUUGACCAGAUACAAAAAGUUACUCCUCUGCUCUCUCUAUUGAGUCAUCAUCAGAGGUAUAUGUGAUCAUGCCAGAAAUAAGAGUCAGGAGAAUCACCACUGCCUAGAUGAGAAGAGACCUCCAGACACUCAUGACUAACCAGUGAGACUUAUGAUGUUUGCUUACAAAUGAAGAGCAUAAAGAAGAUAAGCUUAAAUAACUUUAAAUGACUUUUUUAUAGAACAUAACUUGCUAGAAUUAUCUGUGCUGCUACAGUAUAAGCUUUCUGAAUCUUCAGGGGAACCAGCAGUUUCUCACAAAGCUGAUUUAUUUUUUUCAUUAUAUAUUUCUGUUCUGUUUAUCUGUUUGUAAUGAUCUGUUGGAAAAUGUAUCAACACAGAUCCUGCAUCGUUUGUGACAGAAAUGAGCUACUGUAAUUCCAGCAAAUGUGCCUGUAUUUUUUAUUUAAUUUUUUUAAAGGUAAAGGGGGCAUUUAGUGAAUAAUUUGGCCAAAUUACUAGUAGUAAUUCAGUUUUUGUCCUAAAUUUAUAGAUUAAUCUUAUUUUUUUUUUUUCUUAUGCAUAUAACAACAAACAUUUAUCACAAAUUUAAUUACAUUUUAAACUUAAUAUUUUAGAUGAAGUUGGUAAACUAACAAACUGCAAACAAGCAGUUUAAUUUACACUAAGAAUGCAUUUUUAAACUUUGAUUUGUUUCUUUUUUCUCUCUCUCUCUGAAAUGUGUCACUGCACUGUAAAAAAAUAAAUAAAUAAAAAUUCAUUCUCUCAA